AUGGAAAGAGUCCCGGAUGGAAAGCGUGGAGAGGAUGGAAAGCAGUCCCGGAUGGAAAGCGUGGAGAGUCCCGGAUGGAAGCCCCAAAGAGUUCCCAAAGCGUGGGGAGUCCCGGAUGGAAGCCCGGAUGGAAAGCGUGGAGAGUCCCGGAUCGAGCAAGCGCCAGUUCCCGGAAAGCGUUCCCCGUGGAGAGUCCCGGAAAGCGUCCCGGAUGGAAAGCGUGGGGAGUCCCGGAUGGAAAAAGUCCCGGGAGGAGAGUCCCGGAUGGAAAGCGUGGAGAGUUGGAGAGUCCCAAGUCCCGGAUGGAAAGCGUGGAGAGUCCCCGCGAUGGAAGAGUCCCCGAGUCCCUCCGGAUGGAAAGCGUGGGGAGUCCCGAUGGAAAGCGUGGGGAGUCCCGGAUGGAGCGGGAGUCCCCGGAUGGAAAGCGUGGGGAGUCCCGGAUGGAAAGCGUGGGGAGUCCCGGAUGGAAAGCGUGGGGAGUCCCGGAUCCCGGAUGGAAAGCGUGGAGAGUCCCCAGUGAUGGAAAGCGUGGAGAGUCCCGGAAAGCGUGGAGAGUCCCGAUGGAAAGCGUGGAGAGUCCCGGAUGGAAAGCGUGGAGAGUCCCGGAUGGAAAGCGUGGAGAGUCCCGGAUGGAAAGCGUGGAGAGUCCCGGAUGGAAAGCGUGGAUAUGAAACCCGAGCGAACGGCGACGCCCCUGAGUUGCGCGCGCUUCUGACGGCCUCGCGCUCACAAAUCCCUUAUCUUUAG